CUUGGGGGCCCACAGAUUGAGAACCGCGGCCUUAAAUCCUGUGGCUUCCUCCCGAAGAAUUCUGGGGUUUGUAGUUUAGUGAGGCCCAGGGACCUCUGGCUGAGCCGCUUAAAGGUUUCUCCCUAAACUACAAGCCCCAGAAUCCUGCGGGAAGGAGGCAGCCACAGGCUUUUAAAGAGGAUAGAUAGAUGCUCUCUCUGUGUCACAGAGUCCAAACUCUCCUGGUUCCAAGCAUUUGGGACACUCAAAAUGCCCAUAAAACCAACGUUAUGCUUUAGAGCAGGCAUGGGCAAACUUCGGCCCUCCAGGUGUUUUGGACUUCCAACUCCCACAAUUCAGCGAAACUUUUUUUUCAUGUCAGGAGCAACCGGAGUUGCUUCUGGAGUGAGAGAAUUGGCCGUCUGCAAGGACGUUGCCCAGGGGAUGCCCGGAUGUUUUGAUAUCCUUGUGGGAGGCUUCUCUCAUGUCCCCGCAUGGAGCUGGAGCUGAUAGAGGGCGCUCAUCCGCGCUCUCCCCGGAUGGGAUUCGAACCUGGCAGCCUUCAGGUCAGCAACCCAACCUUCAAAUUACAAGGCUUUUAUUUCCCUAGGCCAUCGGAGGCUCCAGUCAGCGAAACUGAAGGCGGUCCAGGAAAAGCAAUGGGCCAAUCAAGGUUUCGCCGCAUUCAAGAUGGCUGCGUUAUGUUGUGCCGCACUCAUGAUGGCGGCCUGACUUCCCAGCGCUGCUCAAUCAGAGAGGACGUCGGCGCAAAGCGGCCAAGGGGGCGUGGUUUGUGCUUUAAAGAGGAAGUGGCCCUUUUUCUGGGCUGCCUCUUCCCUCAGUGUGUGUCUCUGUCUCUCUCUUUUCCUCGUUUUCUUCUCCUUUUCCCGCCCCCUCGUCCGGCCUCUCCUAUGGCCUGGCCUGGGCGGAGGGGGAGAAGGGGAAGGAGGAAGGUGGCAGAAGCAGCAGCAGCAUUAUUCGCCAGGGGAAGGGCCCGCGGGGGAUGGCCGGCUCCCGCUCACCCCGGUUCCUGUACGAGUUGCCGGCCUCCGUCAUGUGCCAUUUCUACGAGAUCAUGGACGCCCUCGGCCGGGAGGAGUGGCAGCGCUUCGCCUCCAGGAUUGUCCGAGAUCAGGUGGAGCUGCGUCUCUACGAGAGGAUGGAGGCGCCAACAAGCAAAGUCAUGUGGGCUUGGAUGAAUCGCAAUGCCCGAGUGAGUGACUUACUUCAGAUCCUUGAUGACUUGCAGCUUUAUCGGGCACACAAUGUCAUCGCCUCAUGGAAUCCACCAUCACGCCCAGUAGAAUCCAGAGCAGUGCCUUGCCCUCAAUCGUCAGUUCCUCUUGAUCCACCACCUCCUCUGCCUGCCCCAGAUCCUGGUGGCAGGGUUGGCGUUGGCAGCAGCAAAGUAAAGAACGCAAUGUGGGAGCCCCAAAAAGGACAAUCUCCAUCUGUGCCAGCAGAGCCCUUCUCCCCACCGCUGUCUCUUCCAGAACCCGCUCCCAACCGCUGCCUCAGCAGCAUGGACCAGAACAGCAUGCGGUCACCUUCCACAAAGCCCGACGAGCAGGGCCUCAGCUCUCUGUCCCUAACCUGUCCCUUUGAAUGGCGAUUGGAGGAACUGCGCCAAGCCACAAGUGACUUCUCAGAAAACCUAAAGAUUGGUGAAGGAGGCUUUGGCUGUGUCUAUCAGGCCCGUCUGCGAAACACUAUCUAUGCUGUCAAGCGACUCAAGGAGGAAGCAGAAUUGGACUGGAGCGUGAUAAAAAACAGUUUUGUCACUGAAGUGGAAAAGCUUUACCGGUUCCGCCAUCCCAACAUUGUAGAGCUUGCUGGUUACUGUGCUGAACAGGGGAAUUUCUGCCUUGUGUACGUUUUCCUGCCAAAGGGCUCCUUGGAUGACCAUUUACACAGACAGGUUGGUCCCUGCCUUACCUGGUCCCAGAGGCUGCAUGUGGCAGUGGGCACUAGCAGAGCCAUUCAGUUCCUGCACAGUGACUCUCCUAGCCUCAUCCAUGGAGAUGUAAAGAGCUCUAACAUCCUCUUGGAUGCAGCACUCAACCCACGACUGGCGGACUUUGGAUUAGCACGGUUCAGCCGCCGACCAAAGCAGGGAACCAUGAGCAGCUCAUUGGGCCGGACCCAGACUGUGCAGGGCACAUUAGCGUACCUACCCCCUGAAUAUGUCCGGACUGGGACUCUUUCUACUGCCAUUGAUGUUUUUAGCUUUGGUGUGGUCCUCUUGGAACUUUUGACGGGGAGAAGACCCAUGGAGGUGGAUUCUUGUGGACAUAGCAAAUACUUGAAAGAUUUGCUUAGUGAAGAAGAGGAAGCCCAGCAUACACCGACCACAAUGACAUCCAGCUCCUCCCAGGCAGCUCAGCUUGGUACUUCUCUUUAUCAGAAACACAUGGACCUGCAGGCCGGGCCCUGUCCAGAACUGCUGGGCAUAAUGAUAGGCAGGUUGGCUUGUCAAUGUCUCCAUCCGCGAGCUAAACGCCGCCCUCCAAUGGCUGAGGUGUAUCAAGAGCUAGAGAGGCUACAGCUAUCACUUUAUGGGGAAUCUUCUGACUCCUUGCUGCCCUCAAGACAACUGCAUACAACACAGGAGAACCUGUUCCCCGCUAGGCACCUCAACCAACCUCAAGAGAUUGACGAAAGGCAGGUGGCUGGCUUUGAUCUGGUGAGCCAGAGAAGUGUGCCCAGAGGAAAUGUCUCUGGAGGCCAGCCAGAUGCCUCUGCUCCUCAGAUAAUCAUCAACCCGGCACGAAGGCGCAUGAUGGAAAGGCUGGCACUCUACCGUGAUGGGAUGCUCGACAGCCUGGCGGUGCUUGCCUCUGCACCUUCUGUGUCAGAGCCCAUUGCACAGCCUUCUCGGGAGCCUGAAGAGAGUGACGAAUUUGAGUCAUGAAUCUGGUGAUCAUGGAAGGAUUAAAGUUCUCACAGCGCUGAUGGCACUUUGCAGUUACAGGGUCGCAUGCCCUCUUAGACGGCGUGCAUCUUGUGUUCCUUUGCUGGUCUUAUCCAUCCUUUAGGACCCUGGUGUUUUUGGUAGAAUUUGGCUUCAGACCAGCAGUUAUGUGUCAAACGGGCUGCCACAAGAGCCUCUUGCAGAGAUCUAAAGCCCAGACCUCAGAACUGGAGGGACAGGGAGAAGGAUGUCUUACCUGUUAAUCCUCCCUGCAGAGGCUCUUCACUACACUCCUCGUUCUUGAACCGGUACAACAAAUAAAAUAUUUUAUAUAUUUGUAA